GUUCUGUGGAGAUACACAGGAAAGAAACCAGAUACAUUAGGACCCAAUACAAGGCUCUAUGAAUGGAUUCCACAGAAUGAUCUUCUUGGUCAUCCCAAAACCAGAGCUUUCAUCACUCAUUGUGGAACCAAUGGGAUCUAUGAAGCUAUUUACCAUGGGGUCCCUAUGGUGGGAAUUCCCAUGUUUGCUGAUCAGCCUGAUAAUAUGGCUCGAGUAAAGGCCAAAGGGGCAGCUGUUGAAGUGGACUUGGAAACAAUGACGAGUUCAGAUCUGCUUAAUGCUUUGAAAGCAGUGAUUUACAACCCUUCCUACAAAGAGAAUGCUAUGAGGUUAUCAAAGAUUCACCACGAUCAGCCUGUGAAGCCCCUGGACCGAGCAGUCUUCUGGACUGAAUUUGUCAUGCGCCACAAAGGAGCCAAGCACCUGCGGCCAGCUUCCCACAAUCUCACCUGGUUCCAGUACCACUCCUUGGACGUGAUUGGGUUCCUACUGGCCUGUGUGGCAACUAGUAUAUUUCUGUUCACAAAAUGUUGCCUGUUUUGUUGCAGGAAGUUUGGUAAGACAUGGAAGAAAACAAAGAGGGAGUAG